AUGAAUUUCCACAAAGACCUAAUGAAGACUGUAGGCGACAAACUAAACUGGCGAAAAGCCUCAAUCUCGAGCGCAAUUGGUGCAGGUCUCGGAAUAGGUGUCAGCUUUAUUAUCAAUUCUACACUGGCUGAAAUCAGUAUCAAUCCAUUCUUCUCAGUCGUAAAUUUCAUUUAGUACUUUGGCAUUCUCUUCAUGAUAGUCGGCGCAGUCAUCAUUAGCCGAGUCCAGCAGCAGUCUAACGAAGAAACUAACUCCCCCCCCAUCCUUGAUCGAACGAUUGACUGUAAAAAUUCCUAAAAAUUGGGGAAAUUAACCCCAUCCUUGAUCGAACGAUUUUCAUAUCAUGACAAUUUUUAUAUAUAUAAAAAAAUAUUAUUUAUCAAAAGCUUGGGAAGAUGUACAUAAUGAAGUUGUUUUCAGAGGCUUUGAGACGACAGAAAGCUGCGGAUCAACCAUCCGAAGUGAUUUAGUCAUUAACAUAUGCUUAAAACCUCAAUAAUCUAAUAAAAUACAGAUUCUUUAAAAUUUUUUUUAAAAAAAAUUAAUUUAAUAAGGAACAAAUUAAAAUUUAUACAGUUUAAAGGGGUAACUAAUAAAUUAAAAUAUUAAAAAUUGGUAUUUUAUGAAAUAAAUUAAAUUUUUUACCCUCUUAUUUAAAAGUAAAUAAAAAAAAAUAUCUAUAUAUUUUUUUAUUUUAUCUAUAAAUUUUUUUUUCCCGAAAAAUUUUUUUUUUAAUCCCCAUCCUUGAUCGAACGAUGGCGAGUCGUUCGAUCAAGGAUGGGGGGGGGAGUAAGCGAAAAUAUUAUUUUGCCUUUGGGGUCUUAGUCGUCCUUUCAGGAAUUCUCUGCUUUUUAUUAGAAAAAAACUGGUCGCUUGGCCUAGGUCCUCAUCUGAAAAUUCCACUCUAUGCAAUUUUAGGGAUCUCUGUAAGUUUUGCUUUGACUUUUGCAAUCGUAGACUUGAUGAACUAUUUUUCCAGCUAUUUUAGUGGGUAUUCAGGAAAAGUUAUAGUAGAGAACCCUCAACAAAUUUCAGCUAUUUUAGUGCUAUCGUCUAUUAUGGGGGUCAUUUUUGGACUGAUUUUUGGGAUUCUAGACGUGGAGGACCAGACUGCGUAUCAAUUAAGAAUUGCGUUGAUGAAAGAGCAGCUUUAUUGCUACCCAAUUGGAGCCAUUCUUGGAGCGCUGUCAGGGGUUAUGAACGAGUAUUUAAAAACAGACUAUAUUCAGCCGCCAGAUCAAUUUGAUGAAGAAAUUUAUACUAUAGAAAGAUUAUAAUUGCUAUAGCAAUAUAAAGAAAUGAGUUGAGACAAAUUUAUAAUAAAAUAGAAUAA